UUGAGUUUCAUUAUUUUUUUAAAAAAUACUUUUUUUGUGAAAAUUAGAACAGUUUAUAGAUUCCGGAUCAAUCGUCAAACGGAUCCGAAGCGGCAAUUUUCCAUCGAUCAAAGCGGUUCACUUCGUGUUGCUCAGCAACUGGAUCGCGAAGAAAUCCCGAAAUAUAAUCUCAUUAUUGAAGCUUUCGAUUCAGGUUCCCUUCGAUAA